GAACUGGAACGAUCUCCGAGCCUGGCAGGAUCAGCUGCUGAGAGAACAUUUAAAGCAGGUUCAGGAGCCUAUCGGAGGAACUCUCAAUGCAGAAUAAAACACGCACAUCUGGGCAGAUUCGCUUAUUUAAAAGACAAAUAGAGUUAUUUACCAUAAAGCCAUUUACGCACGGCGGAGGGCUCUCAGUUUGCAGCUGGACGUGCACUGCCAAGUGGAGCCAACUUGAGGAAAGAAACAUUUGAAGAACAUCUCUGCAACACUUGGUCAUUUACCUGAAGUGGGACUUGGAGAGUCGAAUCAUGCCAGAUCUCAGCACACAGUGUGUGUACUUUUUGAUGCUCCUGAGUCCAGUUAUGACAGAUACUAUCACCGAGGACAUAGACGUUUUGGUAUUUUUACCUCUAAAUAACUCCUACCCUUUUUCACACGCGCGAGUGGCACCGGCGAUCCGUUACUCACAGCAGCGGCUGAAGACAGACGGAGGACAGUACUCCGGCUUCCACUUCAACAUCCAGUUUGAGAACUCGGAGUGUGUCAAUGAUGCCCUGUUCAAGUUAGUGGACAGGUCGUGUGGCCAAAAGCCGGAUCUGAUUCUGGGUCCAGUGUGCGAGUACGAGGCGGCGGCGGUGGUGAGGCUGGCAUCCCACUGGGACAUCCCAGUGAUCUCGGCAGGUGCCCUGGCCGCCGGCUUCAGCAACAAGAAGAGCGAAUACUCCCACCUGACCCGCAUCGCUCCUUCCUACGUGAAGAUGGCAGAGACGUUCACCGCGAUGUUCGAGCACUUUACCUGGAAGAGCGCGCUGCUGGUGUACGAGGACGACAAGGAGGAGCGCAACUGCUACUUCACUCUGGAGGGAAUCUAUCACCUGAUGGCUAACUUUGACAUUAAAACAUACGCUUUCUUCCACGAGAAUCGCCUGGACACUGACGACAUCCUCCAAAACAUCCACGAAACUGAAGUGGUGAUCAUGUGCAUGGGAGCAGACAAAAUCAGAGAGAUCAUGCUGGCUGCACACAGACAGCGGCUGACCAAUGGCAAUUAUAUGUUCUUUAAUGUUGAACUCUUCAACGCCUCUUCUUACGGCAAUGGCUCAUGGAAGAGAGGCGAUAUAUAUGACAAUGAUGCGAGGCAAGCCUAUGCUUCUCUGAACACUGUAACGCUACUCAGAACAGUCAAGCCUGAGUUUGAAAACUUCUCCAUGGAAAUGAAAAAAUCCAUUGAAAAAGCCGGGUUUCAUAACUGCAAAGACUGCGAAAGUGUAAACAUGUUUGUUGAGGGAUUCCACGAUGCCAUGUUGCUGUAUGCCAUUGCCUUGCAUGAAGCCAUGAAAAAUGGAUUCAGUAAGAAGAACGGGACAGAGAUCACCUCACGCAUGUGGAACAGAACUUUUGAAGGAAUCGCUGGCCAGGUAUCUAUGGAUGAAAAUGGUGACAGAGAUGGAGAUUUCUCUUUGAUGGCCAUGACCAAUGUUGAGGCAGGGACCUAUGAGGUGGUGGCCAACUACUUUGGGGUCAAUGGAACCUUUCAACUGCUGCCUGCCUUCAACACUGACCAUUUCACUCUGAGGGGGAGGCAUAAAGUACACACAGAGACAUCGGACAAAUCAUGUGGACUUGGAGUAUCAGCUUUGACUGGAGUCAUAGUGGGAGCUGUUCUGGGAACUGCAAUGCUUAUAGCAUUCUACUUUUUCAGAAAAAACUACAGGAUUACCAUCGAGCGCCGCACGCACAGUGAAGAGUGCGACACUGGAAAGCACCGUCAGUUACGAGAGGACUCCAUCAGAUCAAACUUCUCAGCAGCAUAAUCGUCAGCAGCAGCAGUCCCUUCACAGAGAAUCUCACAUCUGAAUGUGACCAAAGACUUUAAAAUGGUUUUCAGUGGAGCCAUGCUGUUAAAAAAUGUUGUGUUUGUAUCCUUUUAAUGUUUUGACUUAUUGUAACUCAGGACAGUUAACAGUCACAAAGCACCACUUUACUUGGAUUGUCCUCCAUACAAAAGGUAUAUGAUUGUAUUAGUGUAUAAAAAGCUUUGUCCAUAAUAUUCUAGGAUAUUAUAAGGAUAUUAUUUUGGAAUAUGCAGAUUGCAGUUACGAUGACUGUGAAUGAUUCAGAACAGAUGGCUAUAUUUGCAUGCACUAGCGGGGUCAGCUGAGGUCUACAUUUGCCUCUCAGGUUGACAGGACAAAUAGAGGUCUCAUGUUUAGAGCUGGGAGACAGUAACGGCAGAGCAAAAUAUUAAAGAAAUGAUACAGCUAGAGCUAACUGACUGAAAAGAGAUAUAGGCUUGAUCUAUAUCUAUAGGCUAUAAGCUACUGAUACUAAGCUACUGAUAUUUUAAGGUUUUCAGUUCACCAUAACCUUGCUACAGCCUUCAUACUAAUGAAAUGUCAUAUUCCUAACUGAGCACAUUCUCGUAAAAUGAGAAACACUGGGUCACAUGUCAAUUUGAUCAUGUCUCUUUUACACCUUUAGAUUGGCUCAUUUACAGAGAUAAAAACAAAAAAAAAGUCUAUUUCGUUCAUUCCAACCUGCUCUUAUUCCGAAGUCAUCAUACACUGCCGCUGUGUUAGAGAUCUCAGUGUAAGAAAAUGAUGCCAAAAGCCAUCUUUUCGCUGUUAUGACAAGGUGUUGGUCAGCUGGACAGCACCUGGUACAGCCCAAUGAUACACAGAAGAGCAGCGCCAGUUGAUAACGCAGCCAAAGGGAAUCUGUCGUGGCUGCAUCAUAUGCCGUCAGACAGUGUCAAGUUGAAAUGCAGCCAGUAAUGAUGUAAUAUAAGAAGCGUGAGGGUCCCUAAAAGGCGGGUGGGUUGGUGGAUGGGUCUGACAAACCCCAGACUUUCACCUUGGAGGGAUUUGCUUUCCGUCUGAAUGUAGAGCCAAACCAUGAUGUUAUUUUCCGAAACCUAACCACGUGCUUUUGUUGCUUUAACCUGACCAAAUCCUAACCUGUGCUUUUGUUGGCAUCUCGGAGUUGGUGGCUAUCUACUUUAGUUGCAUAAACAUAACUAGGGCUUUUGUUGCCUUAUCCAAAAAUCCGUGCUUUUGUUGAUAUUACAGCACUGGUAACGGUAUCCUGGACUGUCAACGGCUGAUGCGGGUGGUUCCCUAGAAUGUAAUAUGUAGAUGCAGAAGUCCACUGAUAAAGCGGCAACUUUUUGAUGACUUGGAAUGGGAAUGCGUUAUUCAUUCAGUUGCUACCUGCACAACCAAUUGUGGUACUACUCUCAUUUUAAAGGUUGAUAAAUUAUUCACUAAUGCUUUGUAGGUGAGUAAUAAGCCAUAUUAAGGGAAACUUGGGCUGUCAUUUUGACUUAAUAGCUAUCAAUUCUACCAAUGUAUUAAAGGAUCCAUGUGUGGAUUAAGGGAGGUAUAUUUGCAGGAGUAGAAUUUAAUAUUCAUAACUAUGUUUAUAUUAGGGUAUGAUCGCCUGAAACUAAGAAUGAUUAUGUUUUUGUUACCUUUGAAUGAGCAGUUUAUAUCUACAUAUAGAUCGGGUCUUCUUCAUAGACUUUAAUAAUACCUACACAACGGACCAAAAUUGGUGCCCAUUCAUUGCAGUGGCAUUGCUCGCCUGGUGCAUACGCCAAAAAGUUUUCUCCGCCUGAGUUCCCACUCAGCUGGUUGAAUUCAAAUUGUGAUGACAUCUCAGAAUUUUAAAUUGCUUUUCUCGGCUCAAGAAACAACAACUAUGGCUCAAAAAAUCAGAAAUGAAACAUUAUAAUUGAUUUUGUAGAAGAUUUUGAAGUUGAAGGUUUUCCGUCAACCCUUUUACGGACAUAUCUUUUAUAAUGGGAGCCUAAGGAGAAAAUGCAUUUGAGGCAGCAGGGUAUUUUUUUUGCUCCAAAUCACUGAUGGGCAGUAACGCGUUAGAAGUAACGCGUUACUGUAAUCCAAUUACAGGGCCCUUCUCCUGCUAAACAGGUGAAAAUAGACUUAAGACCGACAGGGCUCAGUGCCGCUGAACUGAAGAAGCUCGUCGCUGGCUAUAUUGUCGAGGACAUGUUGCCCAUUUCCACUGUAGACUCUGAAUCGUUCCGACGCAUCGUAGAAAAAAUACCGACCAAAAGUGGUGUGAAGCUGCCUAAAUGUUCAGCAAUUUUCUUCAAGUCAGAGACUGUUACAUUUCAUUUAAUUUUUGCUUGAUGCAAUGUGCAUGAAGUUAAAGGAUUGAAAAUAAGUAAAAUAAGUUAAAAAAGACAGUUUCAUUUGAUUCAGUUUUAUCUAAUGGAAUAUGCAGAAAGAAUAGAAUUAGGCUGAGAGGUCUAUUGCUUUAUAUUGUAUUCAGGUUGUGCAUCAUGUUUUUGAAAAGUAACUAAGUAAAGUAAUUAUGAAAGUAACUAAUUACUUUUGAAAAUAAGUAAUUAAUAAAGUAACGGGAUUACUUUCUUGGAGAAGUAAUCAGUAAUCAGUAACUAAUUACUAUUUCCAAGUAACUUGACCAACACUGCUCCAAAUCUGCAAGUGGCCACUGGGAAUACUUUGCUGCAAGGCAGAGCAGCUUUCCUGGCCUGUACCUCUUCCACAGAGUUUGCCAUGUUGUCUCUACAGCAGCCUAGGUGGGACAAGCCAAACAAUGGCCUUAGAUAGAGUGCCCCAGGGAAGGCAUCUUUCUGUAGGCAAACCCAGAAGCUAACAUUGCCCUGGUUCCCUCAUCGAAAAACCCUGUGGGAUUUUUCCAUUGGAUAUUGAAUCAUUGCAGAAAAUAAGCUUUGUCAUACUUACAGGUUUUGUUCAGCAAGAUAACCUUCACAUAAUAACACCACUUUCCAGAUUUUUUAAGCUUAUAUUCAGUCAGAUGUAAAACGCUUAUGCGUGGCUAUAAACAAACAAGGCCUACAGAACAGUUGCAUCGCCACCACCACCGCCUCAGCCACUGUAAAUUUACAUCUUUGGCACAUAGCAGAAGUUUUAUUUGGUUGCAAUCUGCAACGUCAUUGCUCAAUUCCAGUAAUUCUACACACAACAUCUAAACUAAAAAGGGGAAAAACUACAAUGUAUUACAGCUUGGGUUUUUUUCUAGCUCUGGCCUUUAGUUCUACCACAUUUUAUCAUCUGAUCUGUCUGAUAUUCUCAUUUGUUGCUCUGUUGAACCUCUUGUUUUGUUUUUUUUUUAAAAAAAAUAACUGUCUUCUGAGAUCCAAUUGAUUAUUAUUUAUGUAUAACAGCUUGAACCAAUGGCCAGAGCACAUUUCCUGCGGAGGGAGGAUAAACAAAACUGUUUUUAUUAAUGGCUUAUUACUGAUGCAUUCAUUAAUAAAUGAUUUAUUAACACUACCAAAGACAAAUUCUAAAUCCUUAACAAUAUAUUACUUAAGCAACAGUGAAAUUGAAAUCAUAAUUGAUACUAAUAGUCAUGAUAGAUAAUUAUAUUUCUGUGUUAUAAAGGCAGUGUGAGAUGCUUUCCAUACAGAAAUGACUGCAUUAACAAAAAGUAUUUCACUCUGCAUUACUGACAUUUAGUUUUUAUUAAGUAACUAAUUUGGGUGGUAUUAUAUAUGCAGGAUUAAAGGUUUUUACAGAUGCAAAAUAAAGACAGUGACAUUGGUGACCAGCCUGCCCAGCCUGCUGGUUCAGUGUGUGUGUUGGGGACAAUAUUCUGAAAGUAAACUGAUUUAUUGUAUUAAAAUUUAAAAACAGUUUUAUUCUGCAACACCAUAUUCAUUUGCUUUAUUUAAAGCUCUGUAUGAUAUUACCAUAAUAACGUUUGGUAUCUGGUAGAAUAUAGUGAAUUAACAGUGACCUUAAUGUGUAUUUAAAUUAUUUUAUGUUAUUUAUAACAUCUAUAUUUUAAAACAUGUCUCUCGUUAUUGAAAUUAUAGUGAUUUUAUUAAACUUCAUCUUAUUUGAUUUCUCCAUAUCAUGAUUUCUCCAGCAUAUCUUAGAUUGCACCUACACCUCUGUUGUACCCAACAAUGAGUUCAUGGUUAUGAUGAUAUAAGUUUUAAUAUAAGUAAAGGAACUGUUUGACAUGUAUUAC